AUGAUGAAGAUGAUCGGUUCUAGCUGUGAGGCGGACAUUUCCACCACGGUCUCCUCCCUAGUCACAACUGCAACGCACAGCUUGACACUACCUAGGCCUCCCCGAUUCACUGUUCAAGGUGGUGAGGCGCGAGAAAGUCUUGCGUUGCAAAAUGUUCAAGCACGCAGUCGUUUAGUGCUGUCCUAUUUGAUGGCCCAACUGAUUCCACAACAACAUCACCUCUCGGGUGGACUUCUGAUGCUAAGCAGUGGAAAUCUGGACGAAUGUCUUCGUGGUUAUUUGACCAAAUACGAUUGUUCCAGCGCGGAUGUCAAUCCAAUCGGUAGUAUCAGCAAACGAGAUUUGCGUGGUUUCAUUCACUAUUGUGCGGAAUCACUCAGCUCGUGUCUCCAACCGCCGUACGACGCACAGCUGAAACUGGUCUUGCAGCAGAUUUCAUCUGCUCAACCAACGGCCGAACUCAUGCCACUGGAUUCUACUGGCUGUGUUCAACAAACGGAUGAAGUGGACAUGGGUCUGACUUACAAUAUGCUUUCGUUGUUCGGUCGUUUGCGCAAAGUGGAAAGCUGCGGUCCGUACAGUAUGCUUUGCCGUUUGCUUGACGGUGCAUGGAUGGAAAUUCAGAAUGACAUACCUGCAGACUAUUUUGAUGCAGAUGGUAAAGGCGGUACCCAGCUGGCCACCUUCCUGUCGGAAAAGGUCAAAUGGUUUUUCCGUAUGUAUGCAAUCAAUCGUCACAAAUGCACCGUACUACCACCAGCCUAUCAUACGGAGGCCUACAACGCGGAUGAUAAUCGGUAA